AUGUAAUAGGCUUUUGAUGUUGAAAAUUAGGAUAGGAAACCUAGAGAUUCCUUUCCUUAUUCACCUUAACACAUUCAAAACCCUCCAACUUAAACAUAGAAGUUAUAGGAAAAUAAUAUUACAAAUAAAAAGGACAAUGAAAAAACAAAAGACUAAAAAAUUGUAGAACCAAAGAUCUCCUUUUUUAAACUCUUUAGGUAUGCAACUAAGUUUGACUGGAUUUUAAUGACAGUUGGAGCUAUAGCUGCUAUUGCUAAUGGUAUAGCCCUUCCUCUUUUUGCUCUUAUUUUUGGUUAAAUGACUGAUUCAUUUGGCCCUACUUCUACUGGCGAUCAAAUCGUUGACGCAGCUGGAACUUAAUCUCUCUACUUCCUUUAUAUUGGAUUGGGAACAUUCUUUUUAAGUUGGGUUUAAAUGAGCUGCUGGAUGAUAUCUGGUGAGAGAUAAUCAAUUACAUUUAGAAAGGAAUACUUCAAAGCUGUUCUUAGUUAAGAAGUUGGAUGGUACGAUAUGAUUAAUCCAAACGAAUUAGCAAGUAAAAUUGCAACAGAAUGCUUCUAAAUAUAAGGAGCUAUAGGAGAAAAAGUACCUACCUACUUGAUGACUGUUUUUAUGACUCUUGGAGGUUUCGCAGUUGGAUAUGCAAGAGGUUGGUAGAUGGCUUUAGUCACAACAGCAGCCUUACCUGUUUUAACAAUAGGUGCUUUAGCCUUCUCUAUAGUCAUAUAAACUUCAUAGAAAAAAAUUGCAAGCUCUUAUGAAACUGCAGGUGGUUUAGCAGAGUAAGGAUUAAAUGCAGUGAGAACAGUCAAAUCAUUAACUGGCGAAGAAUUUGAGUUAAAAAAUUAUAAAAAAGGAUUGAUUGAAGCCUUUAAAAUAGCUUGCAGAUAUGGUUUCUGGGCUGGGGCAGGUUUAGGCUUAACUUUCUGCACUAUGUUUUUAGAUUACGCAUUAAGCUUCUGGUAUGGAUCAAAGCUUAUAGGAGACGGUACAACCAACUAAACUUUAGAUCGUAACUAUACUUAGGGAGAUAUAUUCGUUGUAUUUUUUGCCAUUAUGAUAGGUGGUUUUUCACUUGGAUAAAUGGGACCUUGUGUAAAAUCUUUUGCAAUUGGUAAAUAAGCAGCUAUUAAAGUAUUUGAAGUACUUGAAAGAAAACCUCUUAUUUAGCUUCCCCCUAAUCCAAAAAGAAUUGAAAAUUUAUAAGGAAAAAUCAUUUUAGAUAAAGUCAACUUCAAUUACCCUGCUAAAGCUGAUAUUCCUGUUCAUAAAAAUCUAUCAUUAAUCAUCAAUCCAAAUCAAAAGACUGCUCUUGUUGGAGAAUCUGGUUGCGGAAAAUCAACUGUUAUGCAACUUCUUUUGAGAUUCUAUGACCCUCAAUAAGGUUCUAUUUCUGUUGAUGGAGUUAAUGUUAAGGAAUUAGAUUAUCUUUGGUUUAGAAAAAAUGUUGGGUAUGUUGGCUAGGAGCCUGUUUUAUUUGCUACAACAAUUAGAGAGAAUUUAAAGUUUGGCAAGGAAGAUGCUACAGAAGAAGAAAUGAUUGCAGCUCUUAAGUAAGCAAAUGCUUGGGAGUUUGUUAAGGACUUACAAAAUAAAUUGGAUACAUAUGUAGGUAAUGCAGGAAGUCAAAUUUCUGGUGGUUAAAAGUAGAGAAUAUGCAUAGCAAGAGCUAUCUUAAAAAAUCCUUAAAUUCUACUUUUAGACGAAGCUACAAGCGCCCUUGAUAGGAAAAAUGAAGCAAUGAUUCAAUAAACUUUGGAUGAUAUUUCUAAAGGAAGAACUACAAUAGUGAUUGCUCAUAGAUUAUCUACAAUUAAAAAUGCAGAUAGAAUCCUUGUGCUAGAAAAAGGUGAGUUGGUAGAAGAAGGUACAUAUGAAUCUCUAAUAAAUGCCAGAGGCAAGUUUGAAGCAUUAGCAAAAAAUUAAAUAUAAAGAGAAUAAGAAGAUAAGUAAGACUUAUAAGGUGAUAAUGAUGAAGAAAAUCACCUUAAGAGCAUGGAUUAACCUGCUAAAAGAAAAUCCUCUACUAAUCCUGCUUAGAUUCAUCACCAUAACAAUUCGUAAUCACAAUCUAAGAGAAAUAGUCAAUAAAUCGAUGCUCCUGGAAUUAACUUAGAAGAAAAAAAAGAUAAGAAGCCCUUAACAAAAGAGGAAUUAAAAAAAUUAAAGGAAGAAGAAUCAGGUAUGAUGAAAAGACUUUACGAAAUUAACAAACCUGAAAGAAUUUAUUUCUAUCUGGGAGCUUUGUUUGCUCUUUUAAAUGGAACAAUGUUUCCUUUAUCUGGUUUCGUUCUUGGUGAAUUCGUUGAAGUUCUUUCAAAGCCUUGGGCAAGCGAUUUCAGAGAAAAGGCUGAUCUACUAUCUCUCUUAUUCGUUUUCUUAGCAAUUGGUUCUCAAGUAUUUACAACUUUAUAACAAUAUCUCUUUACUAGAGUUGGUGAAGGUUUAACCCUGAGAGUAAGAUAAGAUGUCUACAAAAAAAUGCUUAGAAUGCCUGCUGGUUGGUUUGAUAGACCUGAAAAUAACCCAGGAAGUUUAAGUGCUCGUUUAUCAGUUGAUGCUCACCUUAUUAAUUCUUUAACUUCAAAUGUAGUAUCAAUUUAAAUUUAAAACUUUUCAGCAUUAGCAACUGGUCUUAUUAGUGCAUUUACUAAUUCAUGGAGAGUUUCAUUGAUUGCUCUCGCUGUUAGUCCUAUAAUGAUUAUUGCAGGAUAAUUACAGGCUAAAUUCGUUCAAGGUUUCAGUGAAAGCACAGAUGACGCUUAUAAAGAUUCAGGUAUGCUUAUUAUGGAAAGUGUAACAAACAUUAGAACUGUUGCUUCCUUUGCUAACGAGAAGAAAGUUUCACAAUUCUAUGAUGAAAAGUUAGUUAAACCUUAUGAAAUAGUUGUUAAAAAAGGAAAUUACUCUGGUGUUGCAUUUGGUUUCUCUUAAUUAGCUAUGUUUGGAGUAUAUGCUAUUAUAUUUAUCUGUGGUGCUAUAUUUGUUAGAGAUAAUGGUGUUACUAUAAAAGAAAUGUUUGUUUCUAUCUUCACUAUAUUAUUUGCUGCUUUUGGUGCUGGUAAUGCAAACUAAUUUAUGAGUGAUGUUGGUGCUGCUAAGAAUGCAUGUAAGGGUCUUUUUAAAAUACUCGAUAGCGAAGAUGAAAUUCAAAUAUCUGAAAAGUAUAGCAACAAUCUUAUCACAGAAAGAGUAUUUGGUGAUAUAGAAUUUAGAAACGUUUCUUUCAAAUAUCCUACUCGUGAUGCUCAAGUUUUUGAAAAUCUUUCUUUCAAAAUUUAAAAAGGUUAAAAAGUUGCAUUUGUUGGUCCAAGUGGUUCAGGAAAAUCUUCAGUUUUGUAAUUGCUUCUUAGAUUCUAUGAUAACUAUGAGGGUGAAAUUUUUGUUGAUGGAAAGGAUAUCAGAAGCUAUAACUUGAAAGAAUUCAGAAGGAGCUUUGGUGUUGUUAGUUAAGAACCAAUUCUUUUUAAUGGCUCUAUUUCUGAAAAUAUUAGAUACAGUUCUGAGGAUGUAGGUCAUGAUGAUAUAAGAGAGGCUGCAAGAAGAGCUAACGCCCUUACUUUCAUUGAAGCAAAUUAAUUUGAAAGUGAAUAACAAAACGAACACUAAACUCUAGGAAGUGGAUUUGACAGAAAAGUAGGACCCAAAGGUAGCCAAAUUUCUGGAGGUCAAAAGUAAAGAAUAGCCAUUGCCAGAGCUAUCAUUAAAAAUCCUAAUGUUUUAUUGCUUGAUGAAGCAACCAGUGCUCUUGAUCAUGAAAAUGAAAAAAUUGUUUAAGAAGCAUUAAAUAGUGUAAUGAAAGGUAAAACAAGUCUUUGUGUUGCUCACAGAAUAUCGACAAUCAAAGAUAGUGACUAGAUAUUUGUUAUUGAAAGCGGAAAGCUUGUUGAAUAAGGUACCUACGAUUAAUUAAUGUCAAAUAAAUCUUAUUUUUAUAGAUUAAAUGCUCAUUGA